CAGUAGCCAGUAGGGUUUAUCUCCUCCUUCUGAACUCCCUUCUCAAAACCCUAGACCCCAAAAUUCCCCAAAUCCAAAUGCUCUUUUGCUUCCACUAGGCUUUACAAUUUCGCAUCGAAUCCCUCUUGUACCAAUAAAGAUGCCGCAAAACGAUGACGUGCGGUUCACUUCGUCCUCUCUCAAAGUCCCUCUCCCUCCACAACCCUCACCCUUCAAAUUCCCGUUCUGUUCCCGAACCAUAGCUUCGCAAAUGGCGAAGACUAGAAACUCGCUUGCUCAGCUCAUCGACUCGGUCAAGACUCGCUCGGAUUUCAAGCGAUUCGGCCCCGGAUUCUCUCAUUUCUGGAAUCGGUCCACUGAGUUGACUCAUUCUGAGUCGAGACUCGGAAACGUGUCCGGCGGGGUUGGGGUGUUGAUGGGAAAAUCUUCUCUUCUCUGUUCGUCGUCGCUGUCUCUGAUUCGGUCGGACGAGUCGACUAUUGGAACUCAGAAAUCGGGCUCGAGGACUCAAUACGGGAAGGAGGAGGAGCAGAGGCUGUUGGUACCGAAAUCUUCGCUUCUCUGUUCGGCUUCGUUGGCGCUGACUCGGCCCGACGACCCGGCGACUCAGGGAGACUCUUCGGGGAGGGAGGCUCAGUCGAAGGGGCACUCCACGAGUCGAGUGCACGACGAGGAGAGGGUGUUGAUCAGCGAAGUGCUGGUGAGGAACAAGGACGGUGAGGAGCUCGAGAGGAAGGACCUGGAAAUGGAGGCCUUGCAGGCGCUGAAGGCGUGCCGAGCCAACUCGGCGCUCACAGUGCGCGAGGUUCAGGAGGAUGUGCAUCGAAUCAUCCACAGCGGGUACUUCUCUUCGUGCAUGCCCGUUGCGGUCGACACGCGGGAUGGCAUCAGAUUGGUGUUUCAGGUAGAACCAAACCAGGAGUUCCAAGGGUUGGUUUGUGAAGGAGCUAAUGUUCUUCCAGCAAAGUUUCUGGAGGAUUCUCUCCGUGAUGGAUAUGGAAAAGUGAUUAAUCUCAGGCGUUUAGAUGAAGCUAUAUCUUCUAUCAAUGGAUGGUACAUGGAGCGGGGUUUUUUUGCCUUGGUUUCAGCUGUCGAGAUUCUCUCUGGGGGUAUUCUUAGGUUACAAGUUUCUGAAGCCGAGGUCAAUAAGAUAUCCAUACGUUUCCUGGACAGAAAGACUGGUGAGCCAACUACAGGGAAGACAAAGCCAGAAACAAUACUUCGACAACUUACAACCAAGAAGGGUCAGGUGUACAGUAUGCUUCAGGGAAAAAGAGAUGUGGAGACCGUAUUAACUAUGGGAAUCAUGGAAGAUGUUAGCAUUAUUCCCCAGCCUGCAGGUGACACUGGUAAGGUUGAUAUGGUAAUGAAUGUUGUUGAGCGUCCAAGUGGAGGUUUUUCUGCUGGUGGUGGAAUAUCAAGUGGGAUUACAAGUGGCCCUCUAUCAGGACUGAUUGGAAGCUUUGCAUACUCUCAUAGGAAUGUUUUUGGAAGAAACCAGAAACUCAAUAUCUCUCUAGAGAGGGGCCAGAUUGACUCAAUAUUCCGCAUAAAUUAUACUGACCCAUGGAUUGAAGGAGAUGACAAGCGGACAUCCAGAACAAUAAUGGUUCAGAAUUCAAGAACCCCUGGAACACUUGUUCAUGGUGACCAACCGGAUGGAAGUUGCCUGACCAUUGGCCGUGUCACGGCUGGUAUAGAAUUCAGCCAACCAAUCAGGCCUAAGUGGAGUGGAACAGCAGGUCUGUUUUUUCAGCAUGCCGAUGUUCGUGAAGAAAAAGGAAACCCUGUUAUUAAGGAUUUUUACAGCAGCCCACUUACUGCAAGUGGCAAAAUCCAUGAUGAUAUGCUACUUGCUAAAUUUGAGAGUGUCUACACUGGAUCUGGUGACCAGGGCUCUUCAAUGUUUGUAGUCAAUAUGGAACAGGGACUUCCUGUUUUGCAUGAGUGGUUGUCUUUCAACAGAGUGAAUGCUCGUGCCAGGAAGGGUAUAGAAAUUGGUCCUACUCGCCUUCUUUUAAGUUUGUGUGGUGGUCAUGUGGUGGGUAAUUUCCCUCCACAUGAAGCAUUUGCUAUUGGUGGAACCAACAGUGUGAGAGGUUAUGAAGAAGGUGCUGUUGGCUCUGGUCGAUCUUAUGCUGUUGGUUCUGGAGAAAUCUCUUUCCCCAUGUUGGGCCCAGUAGGGGGAGUUAUUUUCGCUGACUAUGGAACUGAUCUUGGAUCAGGCCCAACUGUGCCUGGUGAUCCUGCCGGAGCAAGGCUGAAGCCUGGAAGUGGAUAUGGAUAUGGGUUUGGCAUCCGAGUUGAGUCACCACUGGGGCCGCUACGUCUUGAAUACGCAUUCAAUGACAGGCAUGCCAAGAGGUUUCACUUCGGGGUUGGUUAUCGGAACUGAGGUCCUCUUUGUACUCUGGUUUCUUCUCCUUUGGAUGCUAGUCGCCACACUUCUUUUUUGUAACUAAUUUUUGUUUUUGAUGUAGAGGCCUAGUGUUGUUGCUAGUGAUUUUUUUUUUUUUUUUGGGGAGGGGGAAUGGGGAUAGAGAGGCAACAAGGAAACAUCAAUUAUGGGCGUGCAUAUGGCUGUGCUUUUUUUUUUUUUUUUUUGAAUUAUUAAUUUUUUCUUUAAUUCAUUUACAUGACAUGUGAUAAAUGUUGAGUCGACAAAAUCUAAAAUCGUCUGCCUCCAAAUGUAGUAGUAUUCCAAGGAAAAUGUGAGGCCAAUCUUCAACUAAGUUGGUCCUAUUUUCCUAGAAAAUGUGAGUUCCUUUUUGUCGAAGUUUACCAAGAAAGAUUCACUUAAUAGCAUUUUUCAUUUUAGGCCAUCCCCAUAGAUUGGUCCCCAUCCAUUGUUUAGGAUUCCUUGAGCCAUCUUUACCAAAAGGGCUGAAUAGAAAUUUCUUACCCUAAGGUUGAAGAAUGUAUGUACGAUUGUGCUUGAAGAUGUGGCUUCCUAUUUUGUCAAGCUUUCCCAGAAAAGGUUCCGAAUAGCCAGUCUUUUAUUUUAGGACGUCAAGAUAGGUCGGUCCCCACCCACUUCAUUAACAUACAUUAGCCAUCUUACAAUAGGGCUGAAGAGACAUUGCUUAUCUAAGGCUGCAAUAUUUGUUGUACCAGCGGAUCAUCAUCCUCUACGGCUAUAUAUGCCUUUCUUGAAUAAACAGUGAUUGUGGGGAUUAAUUUCGUUUUGAUUUGUGAAAAGAACAUAAUCUUCUUGGUUCAAGACUUGUAUAACAUCUGGUUCAAUUCAUUGUGUAUUUAACG